AUGGCGCUUUGUUCUGCACAGACAACUGCAUCGUGCUCAUCUUCUUCAUCAACAUUAUAUUCUCUCUCUAGUUUUCAAUCACUGAACCCAUUGAAUCCAAUUCUCUUUUCCAAUUCUUUGAGGCCAAAACCACAUUUUUCACUGAGAAAUAGGAGUGGCUACCGCAAAUUGAGUGUAACUGCAACUGCCACUGUUGAUUCUGGCAAUGGAGCUGUUGUCAUGGUAUCUGAAAAGCAGGAGAAGAGUGAGAGUAGUUCCAGCAAUCCCUAUGGCAGGCAGUUUUUCCCUUUAGCUGCUGUUGUUGGCCAGGAUGCUAUUAAGACAGCUCUUUUACUUGGGGCAAUAGACCGUGAGAUAGGUGGAAUUGCAAUCUCUGGAAAGCGAGGAACGGCGAAAACAGUAAUGGCACGUGGCUUACAUGCAAUUCUGCCACCGAUUGAAGUUGUUGUUGGUUCAGUUUCGAAUGCUGAUCCAGCCUGCCCUGAAGAGUGGGAAGAUGGGCUUGCUGACAGAGUUGAGUAUGACUCUGCUGGAAAUGUUAAGACCCAAAUAGUCAGAUCGCCUUUUAUUCAGAUUCCACUCGGUGUCACAGAAGAUAGAUUAAUAGGAUCUGUUGAUGUUGAGGAAUCUGUAAAAUCUGGAACAACUGUUUUCCAGCCAGGGCUUCUUGCAGAAGCUCAUAGAGGGGUUUUAUAUGUUGAUGAGAUUAAUCUUUUGGAUGAGGGUAUCAGUAACUUGCUCCUUAACGUCUUGACAGAGGGAGUCAACAUUGUAGAAAGGGAGGGGAUCAGCUUUCGGCACCCAUGCAAGCCACUUUUAAUUGCUACAUAUAAUCCUGAAGAGGGUUCUGUGCGCGAACAUCUACUGGAUCGCGUAGCAAUAAAUUUAAGUGCAGAUCUUCCAAUGAGUUUUGAAGAUCGUGUUGCAGCUGUUGAAAUCGCGACGCGGUUUCAAGAAGGAAGUAGUAGUGUUAUUAAAAUGGUAGAGGAAGAAAUGGACUACGCAAAAACUCAGAUAAUUUUGGCAAGGGAAUAUCUGAAGGAUGUAAGUAUCAGCAGAGAGCAACUAAAAUACCUUGUUAUGGAAGCCCUUCGAGGUGGUUGCCAGGGGCACCGAGCUGAAUUAUAUGCUGCACGCGUUGCCAAAUGUUUAGCUGCACUUGAGGGACGUGAUAAAGUCAAUGUGGAUGACCUGAAGAAAGCUGUAGAGUUGGUCAUCCUUCCGCGCUCCAUCAUUAAUGAAAGCCCACCUGACCAGCAAAACCAGCAGCCACCUCCACCUCCUCCUCCCCAAAAUCAAGAUUCUGCAGAAGAACAGAAUGAGGAAGAAGAUAAAAAUGAAGAGGAUGAUAACAAUGACGAGAAUGAGCAGCAACAGGAACAGAUACCUGAAGAGUUCAUCUUUGAUGCUGAAGGUGGUCUGGUGGAUGAGAAACUUCUCUUCUUUGCACAACAGGCACAAAGACGCAAAGGAAAAGCUGGGAGAGCAAAGAAUGUUAUAUUUUCUGAGGAUAGAGGACGAUAUAUUAAACCGAUGCUUCCGAAGGGUCCUGUAAAGAGAUUGGCUGUUGAUGCAACUCUACGAGCAGCUGCACCAUAUCAAAAGUUAAGAAGGGAGAGGGAUAUUCAAAAGACUAGGAAAGUGUUUGUGGAAAAAACAGACAUGAGAGCAAAAAGAAUGGCUCGAAAAGCAGGAGCUCUGGUUAUAUUUGUGGUCGAUGCUAGUGGGAGCAUGGCAUUGAACAGAAUGCAAAAUGCGAAGGGCGCAGCACUUAAAUUACUUGCUGAGAGUUAUACAAGCAGAGAUCAGGUUGCUAUCAUUCCCUUCCGAGGAGAUGCUGCAGAAGUUCUCUUGCCUCCUUCCAGGUCAAUUUCUAUGGCAAGAAAACGUCUCGAGAGACUCCCAUGUGGUGGUGGUUCUCCCCUUGCCCAUGGUCUUACCACGGCUGUUAGAGUCGGAAUGAAUGCAGAGAAGAGUGGUGAUGUUGGACGAAUAAUGAUUGUUGCCAUAACUGAUGGCAGAGCAAACAUAUCACUGAAAAGAUCCACUGAUCCUGAGGCUGCUGCUUCGGAUGCACCCCGACCCUCUGCUCAAGAAUUGAAGGAUGAAAUUCUCGAGGUGGCUGGUAAAAUUUACAAGGCUGGGAUGUCUCUCCUUGUCAUCGAUACAGAAAAUAAGUUCGUUUCAACUGGUUUUGCCAAAGAGAUUGCAAGAGUUGCUCAAGGAAAGUAUUACUACUUGCCGAAUGCUUCUGAUGCUAUUAUUUCUGCAACAACAAAAGACGCAUUAUCAGCUUUAAAGAACUCAUAA